AGAUGGCAUAGGCUUGCAGGCCCCUUGCGAGCCAGGGUCAUUCAAGGACUGCAGUGAGAGUUAGGAAAGCCAGGCAAACCUGAGCAAGGAGGAGAAAAUGUUCUCUUCCCCUUAUCUCAUGUUGCAAGUUCUGAAUGCCUGGAUCUGCAAGAAGUGGCUCUUGCCUAGAUUAGAGGCGUCCCUCCUUAGGACAAGAACAUGCUGUCUCCAGAGGAAGGGUGGCUGAGAGAAUUCUUUAAUGUAUCUUUCUUCAAGGAUGUUAGUUUAAUCCCAUUAUGUGUGAAAGUACAUAUUGUUAUGCUUACCUGAUUGCUGCAAGUAUAUAGCUAUGUGGAAAAUAAACGACAGCAUGCAGUUGCAAGUGCUGCCUUUGCUCUGCAUCCCCUGUGUCCCGGUGAUUUCGCAGCCCUUACCCAGGGACCCCAACGCACUAGACGUUGACAAUUGGCGCCCGAACAGGGACCCUGAAGGACGUUCAGGAAGGAGGAUGGACGGACCUGUUCCUGGCUCCCCGCGAGGUGGAUCCAGCCAAGGACCAAUUCGAACGGCACUGUAUCCUGUCAGGCGACGAACAAGGAAUCCAGACCACGAUGAACUUCCAGUACAGGCCAUGGCACACCUAAAUUUGGGGGGACGACAUCGCCGUCGGCAAACAUUUGCUACUGUUUUGCCUACCUGGGGACAAAUUAAAAGGCUUGGUGGGGAAGGGCAAAAAAUCUUGCAGCGGACAGGGAAGGCUUGCACACCCGAAAAUUUGUUUUUGGCCAUGUGCGCUUUACUUACUGUAUCAUCCUCCGCUGAAGCGACAGAUGAUACCACCGCAGAACAACUGGAGUGAGCCAAUGGUAAAUCAUCAAUUGAUGGCCUGGGGAGAUGGCAGCAUUGCAGAUCCUCGUGUAGCACAUCAGAAAUUUCCUGAUCAUAUUCAAACACACUUAUGGAAAAUUGCAGCCGCGCUUAAGACUGUUAGAAUUUACAAUGGAACUUUUUCUGGCACAGCGAACUCUGCGUCAACUUAUAACUUCACUAUUUUUAAAGAAAUUAAUGUAACUGCUUGUGUACCUCUGCCAUAUCUAUUUCUGGUUGGGAACUUUAGUUUCUAUAAUGGAAUUAACUGUACCAGAUGUCGACUGUACUCUUGUAUUAAUAAUUCUAUAGAAUUUGAACCGGGAUAUUCUCUUAUGAUUUUGCAACAACGUUCUCACAUUUGGCUUCCGGUGAAUCUAGAACGGCCGUGGGCCCAAAAUCCCG